CAUUUCUUUUUCAUCUGAAGUGCUAGGUUGCCGCUCAGAAAGGCCUUUCUAUUCAAGGAAGCGGCGGGCGGAGCUACAGAGAAGAGGCAAUAUAAAGGGAGAAAUGUGUAGCGGACCACACUCAUGAUAGUAUGAUUUUGACGGGUGGGAAUCACAGCCAAACAAAGCGGGUCGACAAAUUCUAAACUCCUGGCUGUUACACCUCGUCCUCUCUCUAAUCCUUGCGCUGCGACACGGAUUACCUGCAGGAUAUUUACUGCUCUCAUCGCAGCAUUUGUACUUUGGGAUUACAGACAAACGGAGCUUUAAACCGCCGCUGUUGUUAGAGCGAAACGGAUGUCAGUGUGGUGGUUAGCGAUGGGAGAGGGUUUGGGGCCUCUCUCCCCUGUAGGAUGGUAGCCGACAGCACAGUGGAAGGCAACGACAAGACCCACUUGUCAAGCUCAUCUUCAUCGUCAUCAUCAUCCUCAUCAUCAUCCUCCUCAUCUUCCUUGUCCUCAUCAUCGUCACUGUCAUCAUCUCUGCAGAGGCGCGAGCUCCCUCUGAGCCCGCACCGCACAGAGUCCGAGGAGCUUCAGCGGCGGGCUGCUCCAGCGCCAAACCCGAGAUCAGUGACCGUCCCCUCUGUGUAUCUGACCCAUUUCCCGACCUUCAGCUGCAAGGAGGACUGCAAGAUCAUCACGGACACAGCGUCCAAGCUCGAGCGCAGUGGCUUCUACUGGGGCCCUCUGGGAGUGGAGGACGCACACCGCAUGCUGCGGGACGCUCCUCUGGGCAGUUUUCUCAUCCGGGACAGCAGACAGAAAGACGUCUUCUUCACAUUGUCCUACCACGCCAAGAGCGGACCGGUCAGCGUGCGCAUCGACUACAAGCGGCAAAAGUUCUCACUGGCGGGCAACGAGCGCACCUUCCCGACGCUCUUUGCCCUCUUGGAGCAUUACAUCAACUCUCCCAAGAAGAGCCUGAGCAUUCCAUACAGGAAAUGGGAGCCAACGCUGCAGGAGCUGUGCAGGAAGCGCAUCAUGGAGCUGUGUGGUGGAGCAAGCCGGGUCUCAGAGCUGCCACUCACCCAUAUUGUCCAAGACUUUCUGACGGAAUUCCCUUACAAGUUAUGACAUUGCCAUAUGGUAUUUUGACAGUAUUAUCAUUAAUCUCAAGAAAGCAAUAUUUACAAAGAACCAGGCAGGAGCGCUUGAC